CAGUUAUUGAACGUUGCAAGACUUUAAGGUCAAGUCGACUUGAAGGUCAAGUAAACGUAGUAUUGGGAUUUUUGGCCCUAUGCUAGAGUUUCAGUCUUCAGGACACCAUAUGGGAUCUGUCCUCUUAGAAGGUCAUAUCUCUGAUAAUGGACAAUAUACUGGAGACAAUUUGACAUUACUUGACGAACCAAUUCGUGAUACAAUUUUUAGAUCAGCCCGCGCUGUUGGUCAAAAGUUUGCUUACGUCCUAGUUCCACGCCAAGGGCAGGGGUUGUUGAAAGAAUGGGAUUUGUGGGGUCCGUUAGUGUUGUGUCUUAUCAUGUCAGCGCUCUUGCAUAGUAGCUCAAACUCAGAAAGUUCCGGACAUGGCGGACCAGAGUUUGCCCAGGUCUUCAUUAUUUUCUGGCUGGGUUCAGCAGUUGUGACUUUGAAUUCUAAAUUACUCGGUGGUGCAGUGUCAUUCCUACAAACCGUAUGCGUUUUGGGGUAUUGUAUUUUGCCUCUUGUUAUUGGUUUGGUUAUAUGUCGAUUACUGUUGCUUGCAAGUUCUAAUUCUGUGUUUGUUUUUAUCAUACGAUUAUUCAUUGUUAUUUCUGGGUUGGUUUAUUCAUCUUAUGCAUCCUUUAUUUUUGUCCAUCCUGCAUUGCCAAAAAAUCGUGUUGCUCUAUCUGUAUAUCCAAUAGUUUUAUUUUAUGUAUUUCUUUCAUGGCUUGUAAUAUCAGUUGCGUAAUUUUUCGAGAUUAUGAUCAUCUGAUUUUGUAAUUUUCUAGUAUUGUAUACUUCUGUUCAGCAACAUCUAUUGUGAUAUUACUGAUGAGAAAAUAUUACUUUGUACAUUACUAUCUGUUACUAAUCUUUUAAAACUUAUUCUUAUAUAACCUGUCUUUUAUGGUGUUUUGUGAACUUAUAGACCAAUCGCUUGUUAAACCCACUCAUCGGGUAAUCUCUGUUACAUUUGUCCGAAUACAAAUAUUUGUUAGUAUUUUCUAUCUGCGACAAAUAGCAUUCCCAAAAUUUGGAGUUAUUGUUUUCAGUGUUUUAUUUAAACUCCAAAUCGCAUUAGUCGUGGUUGGUUUAUUGAGUACUUAUUAUUAUUUCGUUAAGACUAAAUGUUUGUAAAUCAAUAUAGGCCUUUGGACACCAAGAUUCUAUAUUUCCUCUGCAAGUAUAUAACUUGUGGGACAGUUUUACUUAUGUAAUCUAAACCUCUCAUUAG